CUAUGGGAAUGUAGUUUUAACAGAUAUGUAAUAAGUAAGAAAAAAACUUUAAUCAACUUUACAACAAUAAAGAGGAAUAGAGUUACACUAAACUACUACAAACAGCAGAACUACUGCAAUGGCUAAUGCUAACUUACAGAAAGCCAUCGACCUGGCCAACAAGGCUGCAGAAGAGGACAAGGCCAAAAACUAUGAGGAAGCUCUUCGUCUCUAUCAACACUCUAUUCAGUACUUUCUACAUGUGGUGAAAUAUGAGACUCAGGGUGAGAGGGCAAAGCAGAGCAUAAGGGCGAAGUGUGUCGACUACCUGGACAGAGCCGAGCAGCUAAAGGAAUAUCUCAAAAAGGAGAAAGCACCACCGGCCAAACCGGUCAAAGUGUCUGAUGAUAAAGGGAAUGACAGUGAUGAUGGGGAUAAUUCAGAAAAGAAGAAAUUACAGAAUCAGCUACAAGGUGCCAUUGUCAUGGAAAAGCCAAAUAUUAAGUGGGACGAUGUUGCUGGCUUAGAAGGUGCCAAAGAGGCACUAAAGGAGGCCGUCAUUCUACCCAUUAAAUUUCCGCACCUUUUCACAGGAAAGAGAACCCCAUGGAGGGGAAUCCUGCUUUUUGGGCCUCCUGGUACAGGGAAGUCCUACCUGGCUAAAGCAGUAGCCACUGAGGCUAACAACUCUACCUUCUUCUCGAUUUCUUCCUCUGAUCUGGUGUCCAAAUGGUUGGGUGAAAGUGAGAAAUUGGUGAAGAACCUGUUCAGCUUGGCACGGGAACACAAACCCUCCAUCAUCUUUAUUGAUGAGAUCGACUCUCUUUGUGGCUCCAGAAGUGAUAACGAGAGCGAAGCAGCUCGGAGGAUCAAGACAGAGUUUUUGGUUCAGAUGCAAGGUGUAGGAAAUGAUAAUGAGGGAAUUUUGGUGCUUGGAGCAACUAAUAUACCAUGGACUUUGGAUUCUGCGAUAAGAAGAAGGUUUGAGAAGCGCAUCUACAUCCCCCUUCCCGAGGAGCACGCACGGUCCUUCAUGUUUAAGCUCCACCUUGGUACGACCUCCAACAGUCUCACAGAUGAAGACUUAAGCACCCUGGGACGGAAGACUGAAGGCUAUUCAGGUGCCGACAUAAGCAUCGUUGUCAGAGAUGCUCUCAUGCAGCCUAUCCGCAAAGUGCAGUCAGCUACACACUUUAAAAAGGUACGAGGAAAGAUGUGGAACAGCCCUGAUGUAAUAGUGGACGAUCUUUUAACUCCAUGCUCUCCGAAUGAUCCCAAUGCAGUUCAGAUGACAUGGGUCGACGUAGCAGGUGAUAAACUGCUAGAACCCAUCGUCAGCAUGGAGGACAUGCUCAGGUCACUGGAGAAAACCAAACCCACGGUGAAUCAGGACGACCUGGACAAGCUAAAAAAGUUUACAGAGGACUUUGGUCAGGAGGGCUAACUACAACAAAAGCAUAAACUACAAAAACAGCUCAUUUAUUUUAGUGUUUCUGUUUAAUAUUUUUUACUUGAAAGCACAAAACAGUUUUAUAUCAAUAUUUUUAUAUUAAAUAUUUCGUGGUUUUUAAGCUACUCAAAUAACGUGUAUCUCAGGGAUGAACUGAGGAUUUUUUCAGUGUGUGUAAAACUGUGUAUUGUGUUCUAUUUUUGUUGUAAAUAAUAGAGCAGUAUAUACACUCAGUAUGCAAGAUUUUUUACCCAUCCGUCAGCCUGUUGUGUUUAUGCUGUGUGUAGCCUUUCAUAAUAAUCUUUUAAAUAAACGAGGUUGGUGACAAAUUGUGCUUUGAUGCACCGCUUUAUCCUGAUCGGGGCAGAGUGGGCCAGUUUUACCUGGAAACACUGGAUGCAAGGCAGGACGCAAAGCUUCCAUACACAGAACUGUUUACUUGUUGCUAAAUAUAUUGACUCUUGACAGGUUCUAUCAUAGCAAGAUAAUUAACGCUAUUUGCUUCACCCGUCAUGGUUUUAUUGAUGUUGCUGAACAGUGUAGACUUAACAAUUCCAAGUUCAAUAAAAGGCUAAUUUGUGCUUUUGUUUAAACCAUUAUUUUAACUGC